ACAAAAAUAACAACAACAGCUUCCGCUACUACUACUACUGCUACUACAACAAGUACAUAUAAAACAACAACAUUGGCAAAUAAUAUAUUGAAACCAGAAAUUCUUGAAUCAUUACAUAAAUCAGAAUAUUUUCCUAAAACAAGACAUCGCUGGAAUACGAAUGAAGAGAUUGCCGCAUUAUUAAUAUCGAUUGAUCAACAUGAAAAAUGGCUUUCCGAAGAAGUUAAAUUAAGACCUAAAAGUGGAUCAAUGCUACUUUAUUCACGUAAACAUGUACGUUAUCGUCGUGAUGGUUAUUGUUGGAAAAAACGAAAAGAUGGCAAAACAACACGUGAAGAUCAUAUGAAAUUAAAAGUGCAAGGUAUCGAAUGUAUUUAUGGUUGUUAUGUACAUUCAGCUAUAUUGCCUACAUUUCAUCGUCGGUGUUAUUGGUUAUUACAGAAUCCAGAUAUCGUACUUGUCCACUAUUUAAACGUACCAUUUAAUGAUGAUAAUAAAAUCAUUUCCCCAUCGCUAAAUUCAUUGAUUGAUACACGUAAAGAAUGGACACGUGAAGAUCUUGUAAUGGAAUUGAAGCCAAUGUUUUUCACUGUAAAUGAAAAAGAAAAUGGUGAAAUUGGCGAUGAACUAGAAAGAUCAACGAUGGAUACAAUAGAAACAAUUGUACAGCAAUUACUGAUGAAACAACGUGUACGAUUAAAAACAUUGGAAGAGUCAAAUUUAACAACAACAGCGACUACAGCGACUGCCACAGCAACAACGACACCUACAAUCGCUAAAUCAUCGAUACCAAAUGAUUUAUUUUCGAUGCGUACGAUAUCAUCAACAUCAAAUGUUAAUAAAAAUUUAAAUUUAAAUAAUGAUUCAACACUAAUCAAACGGCAACAACAACAAAUCAAAACACAUCAAAUAUUUACUAGUCUUUCAUCUGGACAAAUUAUGGAUGCACAAACAUUGACUAAAAAAUCCACAUCAUCAUCAUCAUCAUCACCAUCAGCAGCAAUGUUGAAUCAAUCAGAUACGAAUAACGAAUUGAUUGAUAUCAAUGGAAAUUCCGGUGGCUUACAAAUGGGCAAUGUUUCGAAUUCUUUAACGAAUACAGUUCAGCUAGUGCAAUUGACAUCUGCAAAUACAGCAAUGUGCCAAUUAACUAGUGCUGUUGCUACAGCUUCUCAUGGCGCUGAUCAUCAUCAUGGUCUACAUCAUCAUCAUUCACAGCAUCAUCAUCAUUUUCAACGACAAAAACAACAACCAAAUUUGGUCACAUUUGAACGAGCUUCAUCAAUAAAUCAACCAUCAACAUUACUAUCACAACAACAACAACAACAACAAUCACAAUUGAUAUUGAACAUGUCACAGAUACAAUCUAGUUUUAUAAUACUCAAUCAGAAUAAUUCCAAUAAUGAUAAUUCAAAUUUACAACAACCACAACAACAACAUCAUCAACAAAUUAAUUUAUCUACCAAUGGACAACAACAACAACAACAACAACAAUCGAAUAAUUCUGGUCCAAUAACGUUUGUUGCAUAUCGUCAUCGUACAGGUUCUAUGAAUUCAACAAUGAUGUUGACACCAACAACAAAUGAAACAUCUAAAUUAUCAAAACAGCAGCAGCAAUCAAUUUGUACAUUUAAAGUGCCCAUUAAUGUUGGAAUUCAACAACAACAACAACAACAACAACAACGAAAACAACCAGAUAAUAAUCAAAUGUUUUGUGCGUUGACAAAUACCAAAAAUUCUGUGAUGACGCCAAUUUUUACAAAUACUACUAUUAAUGGAUCGAAUGACAAUAAUAAAAACACAUCGGCAUCAAAUACAACAACAACGACGACGACGAUGCAAACAUUAUCCAAUGAUAAUGAUGAUGAUGACAUUACAAUGGCUGAAAUUGAAAUGGAUACAUUGAACGAAUUGGGUGGAGGUACUUUUCAUCAUUUAGAUGAUGAAGAAUCAAUGUUAAUCUGUGCGAGUAACGCAUCGACACCUGAACAUCAUUUAUUGGGGCAUAAUACUACUCAUAAAAAUCUCAAUCAUUUAAUCAUCACUGGUAAUGGCAAUUAUCUAAAUCAUCAACAUCCACAUCAUCAUCGUCAUCAUUGUUUAGAUUCAAAAUUAUCAUUUCCGGAUUCAUUAUCAAUGAAUACUACUGCACAUCGAACGAAUGAUGAUGAUGAGAAUAAUUUUGAUUCAUUUGAUACAUUAUUCGAUAUUGACAAUGACAAUAGUUUGAUGAAUUGUUUGCAAAUGGUGGAUACAAAUAAUCAUCAUUCAUCUUCAUCAACAUCGAUAAAUUCUGUAACAAAUACAUCAAAUGUAAUGAAUGAUCAUUUGAUGUCUAAACAACAACAGCAACAAUCUAGUCAUCAUCAUCAUCAUCAUCCACAUAUAAUUGGUCGUGAUAGUUUGAUCAAUUCAGUAAAUUAUAACAACAACAAUAAUAAUAAUAAUAGUAGUAAUCGAUUAGCCUUGUUACAUGAUGAUCAUCACAAUUCAUUCAUAAUUUCAGAUACUCAAAAUCAACAUUUAAAUCUUAAUCUAUUGAAUCAGACUACUAGACCGUCAGAAUAUCAUGAUGAUUCAACAUUGAAACAACAUGGUCAUUUGACCAAAAAUGAUUUGAUGAAUAUUUCUUCACAUUGUGAUGAUGAGCAUCCAUUUAAUGGCUCAAAUAAUAAUAACCGUACCGUUGACAGUCAUGAUCAUGAAAGUAAUGAUAAUGAAAAUGGAAACAACAAAAACAACAACAACAAUAAUACAUGUACAACAGCAACAACAAUCGAUUUUAUGGAUCAUGAAGAUAUAGCAACAUCGGAUGAGAUUUUAUUCAAUCUAGAAACAUUUGAUAUGUUUGGCGAAUUUGAUGAUCAUUUAGUUGAUCAUCAUCCUCAUGAUGAUGAUGAUGAUGAUGAUGAUGGAACAACAACAGUAAAUGACCUUAACCAUAUAACAACAACAACAACUAACCAUAAUAAUAAUAGCAAUGACAACAGCAAUAAUGUUAUGCAUACAAAUCAGUCUAAUCAAGUUAAUGAAACAAUCGCUUCCAAUGACAAUAACGAUAACAAUAACAAUAAAACUGAUGAAGAUAGACGACGAGAUGAAAAAAAUCUCAAUUCUUCAACGUGUAUUGUACGUCCAUCAUCUGAAACUAUUAUUAUGAAUCGAAAAUCUAGUCAAUCCCCUAAUUUCAUCAUCAAACGAACAGAAUCUAUCGAAUCCAAGAAUCGUGAAUGUUUUCUGUUGAAUUCAUCAUCUAAUAAUAAUGUAGGAGCCAAACAAUUGGAUAAUGAAUUGAUUACAACGGAUGAGAAUGAAAUACCGACUUGUGUACAGGAAUUUUGGACAACGAAUAAUUUAACUAAAUCAAAAUUAUUUAUUAAAAAUGGUGGGGGUGGUAGUGGUGUUCGAUCGACAGCAACAACGGAUUCAUUGUCAUACAAUGAAAUCAGUUCCGUUAUAUCAUCAAAUGAGCCAAAUAAUGGUGCUAGUACUAGUAGUAAUACAACACCCAUUGACGUAACCGUUGAUGAGAAUGGAAAUUUUUCCAUUACAAAAACAAGAAAGGCGUCUACUGGUAUUGUUAUGAAUGUAAUAAAUAAUCCACCACCCACAACAUCAACAACAAUAACAACAACAACAACAAUAACGACGACUGCGACGGCAAAAACAAUGUCACAAAAUUAUCCAUUAUUGAAACGACAAUUAAGCACUGCCAAUUUAUUAAUGAUAAAAACUAAUAAUGAUUCAUUGAAUGAUGAAGAAUUUCAAUCACAACCACAACAACGACAAUCAGCAUCAUCAUCAUCCGAUAAUCAACAACAACAACAUCGUAGAAUCGUUAUUGAUUCAGAUACAAUGUUAAAUAAUAAAAACAACAGUAAUAUUGCCGCCACCAUGAACCAUAUCACCGAUUAUUCACCUGAGUGGUGCUAUACAGAAGGUGGCAUCAAAGUUCUUGUCGCCGGUCCUUGGUACAAUGAUUUAAAUUCAAAUAAUCAUUAUCGAAUUCUAUUUGACAAUAUUCCAGUUGCAACGGAAUUGGUUCAAAAUGGUCUACUCAGGUGUUUUAGUCCAAAACAUGACCCUGGUCUUAUAACAUUACAAGUUUCAUGUAAUGAUGUUAUCAUUUCUAAUUCAGUAAUUUUUGAAUAUCGCCAUUCAACCAACAACCACAACAACAACAUGAUUAAAACUACUCAACAAUUGGACAACAGCAUCACUUAUUUCAACCAUAAUGAUGAAAUAUUGAAUCAUCAAAUGGAUUUAUUGAAUCAAAAUUCAUUACAAUUCAAUUCCACCGCAUCGUCAUUGAAUACAACAGCGGCCAUCAAGAUCAAACAACAACAACAACAAUCUUUAGUAAUGGAACCAAUAAAACCAGAAUAAUGACAACUGGCAAAAUUUUUCAAGUUUCGGUUGAAUGAAAAAAACUUAUCGAUUCUUUUUCUCCGACCACGACAAUGAUGAUGGAAUAACUGUGAUUAUUUAUCACGAUUUUUGUGAAUUUAUUUACAUUAUAUGUGAUCGAUAUGAUGGUGGCAUCAUUCAAAGUUCUUAGUCCGGACAUUUCAUUUCAUUUCACUUUUCUUCAUUUACAUAAUUUAUUUUUGUCUUCAGACAAAAGAAAAAAAAUACUGGAUAAGAUGUAAACAUGUUUACAUUGCCAUUGCCAUAUGCAGUCUAAAAUAGAAAUCAAAAUUGCUUCUUUUCCUUGUUUCUAUAUUCGCCAAUCAAUUGACAAAUAUUGUUGACACAUUUCGAAAAAAGAAACUUAGACACACACAUACAUACACACACGAUCAACGAUUUUUUUCGUUACAUUUUUUCAAAUGGAGAAAAAACGAUAAAACUAUUGAGAUCUAUCUCACUCAUAUAUGAAACAUUCGAUCCACGGAAUGAAAAAUCAAACCGAAUCAACAUUCUUGAAUUCUGACCGAAGAAUUGAUUUCCUCACAUCCGACAAAUCUACUUUUUCCUCAUCAUCAUUCAAUUUUAUUUUCCACUAUAUUUUGACUGUGAAAAGCUCCUUCAUCAUUCUGGCGCCGAUUCCUUUCUCUUUCUCUUUCUAUGUGAUGAUCAUAUUGAUUAAUGGAAUGAAUGGUCUUUGAAGCAAAUGCUAAAAUAAUCAAACAAACAUAAUAUCGUCAAAAAUAUUUCAUGUACCCACGACACACACACCCAAACACAUGCACAAUUGUUUAUAACAAAAUAAUGUGCGACAAGAAGCAAACAAAUUCAUUCAUUUUCUGUAUUUUUUGAUUUAUUAUAAAUAAUGAUCGUCGUCUUUUUCUGGUGAUUUCAAAUUGUGGCCAUCGAUUGAAUAAAAUGAAGAAAAAACGAAACCCAAAAAAAAAAAAGAAAAAUUCAAUUAGCUCUAUGGACAUUAAAUGACCGAUUUAAUUGAUUUGAUUCAUCACACAUUCACUGUUUGAUUCAGUAUUACAAAAUCAUCAGCAACAAUUUAUUGAUACGCGCAUCAAAUUUCUUACCAACACCCACACAUACACACGUUGGAUUUAUUCCUUUCUAUUUGAUCUCUAUAUUCAUCAUCAUCAUCUUUAAUUCUUUUCUAAUAAUCAAUCAUAGACAAUUUCAUAUAACUUUUGAAUUUCGAUUAUUCGAAUUUCUAUCCGAUUACAACAAAAUUAUGAAGAACUCUUUAUUCCAUUCUUACUGAUAAAAUGGAUUAUUAUAUUUU